ACUGAAGUUACUAGCUAGCUAUCCUAGUUGGCCAGCUAGCUAGUAAAUUGCUUUGCGAUCUUGCCAGUCCAGAUAACAGGCAUUUCUGUCUUCUCAUAUAUGCUGUAGUUCUAAUAAAACUCCAAAUUAAUGAAUCCAUGGGUGAUCGUAUUAAUUCAAUUUAAAACUCUUGUGACAUAGGACAAUGACUAGCACCACACACUAACGUUAGCUAUCCGCUAUAGCUACAUUAGUGGAUAGCCAAGAAUCGGCCAUGUUAUUCCUAUUUCCUUCUCAGUGCUUUUGUUUCGCAUUUGUUGUUUGUAUGGUAUAUUGACAAUUUAUCGUCCAUCUGAUUAUUGAGGCCAGCGCUGUUAAUUUGGACAAAGCAGAAAUGUAUAACGGGAUUGGCCUUACCACGCCACGUGGUAGUGGCACCAAUGGCUACGUGCAGCGGAACCUGUCAACCGUGCGUGCCAAGCGCCCACGCGAGGACCGCGCAUCGGACGAGAAGGACCGCGAGCGCCUGGACAACCAGCUGAACCGCCAGCCCAACGCCGACAUCCUGGAGCACCAGAGGAAGAGGCAGCUGGAGGUCAAGUGUGCUGAGCUGCAGGACAUGAUGGAGGAGCAAGGGUACUCUGCUGAAGAGAUUGAGGAGAAAGUGAGCAGUUUCCGCAUGAUGUUGCAGGAGAAACUGGAGCCUGCUCCCGCUCCCACAGAGCGUCCCAAUGUGACAGAGACGCAUGCGCUGGCUGCUGCCAACCAGCAGAAGAACGACCGGCUGAGGCAGGCAUUCGGCAUCGGCUCCGACUAUGUGGAUGGCUCAUCCUUCCAUCCCGAUCGCAAGGAGCGGGAGAAGGAGAAGAGGGAGCAGGAGAAGGAGAAGAGGGAGCUGGAGAGACUGGAAAAGGAGAAGCUGCAGAAGCAGAAGUACCAACUGAUAGAGCCAUCAGACGAGUCUGACUCCUCCACUGAACGCAAACAAAGUCAUAAGAAGAAGAAAAAGAGAAACAAACACAGAGAAAGCUCAGGGAGUCCCUCCCCAUCUCCCCAACGGGAGAAGAAGAAAGCUCAAAAGAAAAAGAAGAAAAGGGCGGAAUCUGAACAGGAACACAGUAAUAGUUCUUCUGACGAGAAGGAAACUUCAAAGAAGACGAGAAAGAGGAAGACAAGUGAAAACGAGACUCAACCUCCUCAGAAGAAUCGUAAACGCCGCAGUGCGUCGUCCAGCCCUGCUCACAGCCCAUCUCCUGCUCCACUGAGAGAGCGACAGCAGAACCAGUCGGGCAGAAAAGGUGAGGAGGGGCGUAAGGACCGCUCCCCUGACAGGAUGGGGAGGGGCCGCAGCGAGGGGACUCCUCCAAGAAGAGCUGGGCGAGAGAAACCAUCCAGACACCUCAGUCCCUCUGAUGGAGAGAGGAGAGAGAAAGAAAGAGGAGGAGACCAGGAAAGAGGAAGGGAGAAAAAGACCAGGCACGAAUCCUCCUCUCCUUCCCGGGACAGAGAUGGAGCUCAGCGAUCCAGGAGUGGGGAGAGGUUGAGAGGACGGGAAAAGGAGCAGGAGAAGCAGGAAAGAAAGAGAAACGACAACUCCUCCUCCUCCCUCUCUCCGUCUCCAAGACGCCAGAAAGGCAAGAGCCGCGAUGAGGAGCGUAAGAGAGAGGAGGAGAACAAGAAGAAAGACAAGCCCCAGAGGCGGCGCGAGGACUUGUCUCCUUCCCCGGAAAGGGAGCCCGCCAGGAGAGGACGGAGCAGAGAGAGGGAGCGAGGGAGUGGGAAAGACAGGGAGCCAUCUCCCAAGGCCCCAUCUGACCGUGACAAAGAGAGGGACAGGGAGCGGGGCAGGCCGAGGGACGGGCCGAGAGACGGACCGAGGGACGGGCCGAGGGGGAGGGAGAAGGAGAGCUCUCCGCCGCCCAGAGGACGAGAGGGGGACCGAGAGAGGGAGGCACGGAGGGAACGUCACAGCGACUCUGCCACCCCCCCAAGGCGCUCGCCCCUUGCCAAUGGGAGACCGCGAGAAAGGGAUCGGGAAGAGGAGAGAAAGAAUGAGAGGGCCAGGGAAAGGGAGACUCCCAAAGAGCGGGAGCGAGAGAGUGACCGAGAGAAAGGGAGGGGGAAGGAGAAGGAGAAGGAAGACUCCGGCCUCAGCAAGAAUCGUUCUCAGGAGGGCGCUCCAGACAGGGACAGCACCGUUGAGGCAAGGAAGGAGAGAGCUGUAGAGGAACGGGGCCGAAAAGAAAAAGAAGCGGGUGAGAAGAGCCGAGAGAAGGUGAAGAGGAAGAGUCCUGAGAAGGCCAAAGCCAAGCAGAAGCCAGGGAAGAAGGGCAAAGCCAAAGAGAGCAGUAGCAGUAGCAGCAGCAGCAGCAGUAGUAGUGGCAGCAGUAGCAGCAGCAGCAGUGAUAGCAGCAGCAGCGACGAUGACAGUGACAGCUCAUCUUCCUCUUCAUCCUCCUCGUCGUCUUCUGCCUCCUCCUCUGACGACAAGAAGAAGAAAAAGGCAGCAGAGAAGAAGGGUGGCCCCUCGUCGGCCCCAGCUCCCCCUGUGCCACCAGCUCAACAUGAGAAUGGGACCAGGGACCGAGGGAGGGAGAGGGAACAACAACACGUGCCUACUCGAAAGGGCAGCCCAUCUCCUCCGGCCCACACACGCGAUCAGAGAGAGGAACCCCGGGACAGAAGAGGCCGGGAGCGAUACAGCCCCACGCAGGCAGCCAGAGGCGGCUCUCCUUCUCCUCCCCGUGCCGCGGACAGGGCUGGAGGCAGGGCAGGGCGGCCCGGCCGAGAGGGGGCCCAGGAGCGAGGCGCUGCCCCAGAGCUGGACAACCACAGCAGGGACCGAGAGAAGGGGAGAGAAAGAGAGAAGGAACGGGGGAAGGAGAGGUACUCACCCACAGAGAUGGAGAGUGGCAGCCCUCCACCUCCACCUCCUGCUCCACUUCCACCCGCAGCCCAGAGAGGGCGCCACUCUCCCGCCGAGCCGACCAGAGACGCGGCCAAAGCCCAGAGCAGGGGGCGAGUGGAGGGCUCCGACAGGGACGCGUACCGCCUCGCCGCCGGGGAGAGGGAAGGGGACCGAGACCGGAGGAGGAGAGGAGUGUCUCCUGACGCGCGCACCCCGCCUCGGCAGUACCAGGAUGCCUCACGCGGCCGCUCACCCAAGAGAGUUUCUCCUGCUCGCUCACCACGCAGAGAACGCAGCAGAGAGAGAGACAGAGAUCGCGAGAGGGACAGAGAGAGAGACAGGGAGAGGGAGCGAGACAGGGAAAGGCAGAGGGACAGGGAGAGAGAACGAGAUAGAGACCAACACAGGGAAAGAAUGAGAGAACAAGAUAGGGAGAGGGAUAGAGACAGAGACCGAGAACGAGAUACUGACCGGAGCAGAGAUAGGCAAGUGGCCAGGAGGAGCAGUAGGUCUCGAAGCCCAAGGAAGCACAACAGCCCCCCCUACAGGUCCCGUCGUUCUCCAUCUCCCCGAUACCGGCGUAGAAGCAGUCGCUCGCUAUCAAGAGAACGGGAACAAGCGAGGACCCGAGAGCAAGAGAGAGAGAAGAGAGGACGUCCCCAGGCCAAAGCACCCUCCCCACCCAUUCGCAUCGGGUCAGCCUCGUCUUCAUCGUCCUCCUCAUCCGACUCCGACUCUGCCGCCUCCGAGUGUGAAGCAGGGAAGGCUGGAAAGGAACAAACCCUGAAACCCGGCUCCGAGAGGGAGAUGGGAAAGACGAAGGAGAAGGAGAGGGAUCAGGACCGAGAGACUGAUGAGAGGACAAGGUCCCGUUCUCAGGAGAGACGAGCUCCCUCCAGCCAAUCAGAUAACAAGGCACAAGGCAAAGAGUUGCCCUCUCCAGCCCCAGCCCCGUCCCCGGCAGAGAGCAGGGAUUCGAGAGGCGGACGCAGGGGCCAAUCAGCAGCGCUGUCCCCCCAGCAGGCGGAGCAGCCAAUCACGGCAAAGAAUCCUGUCAACGGCCAGCCGGGGAUCGAAGAGAAGCUGAAGAAGAGCUGGCAAGGUAGCUCAAGCUCGUCAUCGUCGUCAUCUUCGUCCUCGUCAUCAUCCUCCUCGUCAUCAGACAGCUCAGACUCGGAGCCGGAGAAAGGAAAAGGAGACGAUGCCGCCGCACCACGCAGGAAGUCUGCCUCCUCAUCUUCAUCAGCCAGUGAGAAAGAGGCCAAAAAAAGCCCUAAUCGACCUGAAAGGGUGCCAGCUGAUUCGCUGCGAGACUCCCGCUCGCUCAGCUAUUCUCCUCCAAUGAGAAUGCGCCGAGGUGGCCCUUCCCCUCCCCCCCGCAGGAGUGGAGGCAGGAGGUCCAGGAGCCGGUCCCCCAGUAGUAAACGGAGGAGAUGAGUCCAGUCCUACCCGUCGUCCCCUCACUUCUGUCCCGUUUCAUGCUUCUGGAAGCUCUUGAUGUGCUAAACUGGACUGUGCCACCUAGCCGUUUUUUGGGGUUGAGAAUGGGUGGCUAAUAAGGACAUUAGGGAAUUUUCCUUAGUGAUCUGUGAUGGUUUAAUUCACUUUUGUAUUAUGGUGACACAUGUGAACGGUGCGAGUCAAACACAAAACUUGGACGCACGCACACACACACACACAAACACACAUAUUUUUUUUCCUCUGACCUUUCAUUGUUAUGAAUGUAGAUAUGACUUCUGUAAUUUGGCUUUCACUGAAUGGACAUUGUGCUGUACCCAUGACUGAGUAGACCUGGCAACCCUUUCUGUUCUCUUUGUGAAAAAUAAUGAUUAUUAAGUAAUAAAGAUUCUUGUGUCUCUUA